AUGGCACACAUGGCCAGGCAGCGCGUUGUUGCCUUGAUGCGUGGCGGGCGUGAGCUGAGCGGUUGCAUUCGAUUGCUCCAGUAUAAAGUACGACUGCUCACCCCGAGCACGACCCGCCGAUUCGCAUCUCGACUCUCCAAACCUCCGGCCUUCACUAUGACGCAGUACCCAGGUAUGGGCUUGCCUUUGAGGCAUAACCAUCAGGAUCGCCUUGGCCACUAUCCCAUUGGAGCACACGACAACUGUCAUGGCGCCCAGUCGGGUCUGCUCGCUGUCCGAGAGGUGGCGAUGAUGCUGAUUAUGGAUCGGCUGACGGAUAAGCCGGACUGGGACAAGAAGGUUUUCGACGAGGAGAUCGUGGCCAGAUGGCGCAAGGAGGCACUCGAAUAUCCCGAUGAAUCGCUUUGGUCCCAAGCUACAAGCGGCAAGUCCAUUUGGAACACGAGCGAUGGCCCCCUCGAUCACUCCACCUCAGGUAUCCCCCCUCUCAAGGGGAUCAUGACCGCCGAGACAUUCGACUACUGUGUUCAGGAACUGCGAAGCAAAGCUAAGUACUAUGCGACGUCGGGUGUUAUACCCACCCUCGACGCCUACGCUUCUGUCGUCAAAUUGGAUUCCCUCGCAGACCACUCGACCUCUCCGGACUGGCAUCCCAAUACUGGUGACAUGGUACAAGAUCUCAUCCACCCUUCCAUGUACCCUCUUGUCUACGGCCGCAGCACAGUCUUGAGGGAGGAAGUCGUCGGGGUCAACGACUCAAUUGCCAGGUGGGCGGGUAAGGGUGAUAUCAUCGCGAAGGACGAGCAUGAGCCGACCGAUCCUGACGGCUUUAGCAACGUCGUACCGCCAAGCUUCUGGUCUGACACCUACCAAUGGCUUCCGUCGAACAUCUCCUUCCAGGAGGGAGGCGGCGCCAAGUUUACCAGCUAUAUCAACAAUCUUCACCCAACAAGACAUUCCGAUGUCUAUCGAACGAUUGAAAAGCUCGUCGAGAGAGCUCUCCCGGCUUGGGACCAGGCCUAG